ACCACGUCGGGCUGGAAGUCUCUCUGUAUGUACGAAGAUGAUGUACCAAGGGCAUCAAUACUAUAUCGAUAGUUGGAUUGUUGUUUGCUGACUCAUACUGUGCCACCUGCACCAGAAGGGACAAAAGCGUAGGAGAGACCUGGAUGUCCCGUAUGAGUGCAGGGUUGCAGAGGCCUCAUGUGAGCGUAAACUCUACACUACAGCCCGCCCGUCGAUAUGAGUGUACUGAUUGUGUAUAUUCUUGCAUUGCUGUCUUCAACUGGAGGGGUCACUAACAUUUCAUCAACUGUGCCAUCUACACAACAGGCAAUUGCAACAGAACAGGCAACAAUCAUCACAGCUUAUGACAUUCUAAAUGUUACUGCAUGGGUGGUCAACGACCUGUACGUGCCAUAUUUUCAGGCGGCCUGUGCAGUGUCCAUGUUCAGCUCUCUAGUCAUCAUCUCGACUUACAUUUUUUUCAAAGAUCUUCGCACGACAUCGAGGCUUCUUCUCGUUUUUCUCUCUUUUAUGGAUUUUGGAACAGCUCUUUCUAACUCGAUCGGAAUGGCUGUUGGAUUCACAGAGACAACGAGAGGAUGUCAAGUGCAGGCGGCGUUCGCAAUUUUCUGUGGUCUGAGUUCGUAUUUCUGGACCGCAUCUAUUGCAUUGUAUCUCUAUUUUACGAUUGUGCGCGAAGGGCAGUUUGUUGCAGAGAAGAUGGUGAAAGUGUUUCCUUUUGUUGUGUGGGGUCUACCCUUGAUCAUCGUUGUCGUGGCUGGUGCCUUGGGUGUGCUCGGUUUUGCUGUUACUGAUACGCGUACUUCUAUUGCAAAGCAUUUGAGGGAGAAGUCGGUGUCACUCACAGGAGGAUGGUGCUACAUUCGAAGCGAUAGGAAUAGCAGUGAAUUGGCAUCUCAGUCUCUAGAGUGGUAUUCGCCUGCUUGGUUUGACUUCUGGGUGAUGAUGGCCGGUGUAGCAUGGCAGAUAGCAACGUUUUUCUUCUGUGCUAUUGUUUACAUCUUGAUCAGGAUACACAUUUUAAAAGAAAAAAAUCAGUCAAAGAUGUUUGUGACACGUGAAUCAUUGAAAAUUGUCGACAGUGUCGAUAGAAAACUCACUUUUAUUCCUGUUGUGUUCUUCCUUCUCUCCGUAUUUGCAGUUGUUAGAGCAUUUGGGAGAAUUGCUCGUGACGAUGACAUCAUAUACAAUGAACCGUUGAUCGUUUUGCAGGGUAUUUGUGACUCGUCGCAAGGCACUGUGAACUGUGUGAUUUUCUGUUUGUUUACCAAAGCUGUUUGGAAUCGCAUUACUGCACGUGUUCGUUCCUGUUUCUCGUUUUCGGGAGAGCACUUUCGAAGGGAAAGAGGUGUGAGUGUAAACCAUCCACGUCAGGUGGUUACAUAUCGAUACUCUAAAGAGCCAAGGCUGGACAGAAAGACGAAUGGUGAUCGAUCAAGUCAUCAAUAUUCUGAUAAUUCUGAAAUAACUCCAAUACUUCGUGAUAGCAAUUUUAUAUGCAGUCUACCCAUGACUGAUGUGUCACACUUGUUUUUGCUGAGAUGUUCGAGUUUUCAAACCAGUGGAGUUAAUACGUUGUGUAAUGACAGUUAUAGAAACGGCUACUUUGUCAACUGCUGCGCGCGCACUUCCGCAUGCAAACCGUCUGUUGACCUCCACUUCAUUUGUUUCCCGUCAUUCACUUAUUCGACCUUUUCUCACCCCUCCAAGUCUCACACCUGCCACACCCACGUCGUGAUAUCGAACAAAUUCCGGUCUGACAUGGCGUCGGUCUUGUCACACAAAAAUGUUUCCUUUCCAUUAAAAAACUACAGCUAUCUCAAUCGUCCUGUGGAGCCGUACCUACAAGCGGCCUGUUUCUUGUCGAUGAUUGGUUCUAGUAUCAUCAUUCUGACGUAUGUUUGCUAUGUCGACACGCGUAAACCGUCACGGCGCCUUCUUGUGUUUCUCUCGCUCAUGGAUUUCGGCACAGCUCUGGCUAAUAGUGUCGGUAUGUUCCUAAACUUUCAGACGUCCUCGAUUGGCUGUCAGAUACAGGCGGCGGCUGCCAUUUUCAGUAGCUUGAGUUCGUAUUUGUGGACUGCAGCCAUCGCUGUGUAUAUUUAUCUGACUAUUGUGAAGGACAAGCAGUCAUUGGCUGUGAAGCUAAUCAAUGUGUUCCACGUGUUAGCUUGGGGUAUUCCCUUCGUCAUAGUUGCUGUGGCUUUUGGAUUGGGAAUACUGGGUUAUGAAGAUGUGACGCUGAUUCAUUACUUUCACAAGAAAGAGAUUUAUUUUAGUACGACUGCAGUGACGGGAGGAUGGUGUUUUCUUCGUGGUCCCUACAUGUCCAACAAUACGACUGUCGAACAAUUUAAUCGAAUGCUCGACGUCAGGAAUGAGUCGCCAUUGUGGUACAAUGCAGAUUGGUAUGACGUUUGGGUGAUGAUUGCUGGUGGAGCUUGGGAAAUAGUCGUAUUCUUCUUCUGCUUGAUCAUCUACCUUCUCAUACGAAUCAAUCUUUGGCAAAAGAGGACAUCGUUUGUUACGAUUGACUCGUUCAGAGCUGCUGAAGCAGUCGAUCGGAAGCUAACGUUUAUACCUAUUGUCUUUCUGGUUUUGCAUGUGUGGAGUUUAGUCAGAGUUAUUGGUCAUUUUUCACAUAACAAAUCUGUUGCCGGAGCCGAGUGGUUGGUAAUCGCUGAAGGCCUUGGUGAUAGUUUACAAGGAGCUGCAAAUUGUGUAAUUUUUUGUCUGCUGACUAAAGCUAUUCGAAAUCAUUUGCUAGUGUCCAUGAAAUUUUGUUUUCAAUCGAGAUGCUGUCGGAGACAGGCGGACACUAACGACACUAUACAUCAAGAGGACAAGGCUCUGUUGCGUCACAGACUUCCGACAACGACGAUUGCAUCGAAGGAUCGACGAGAUAUUGGACCCAAUCAGUCAGAUGAGCGACGUUCGCUUUUGGGUUGAUGUAAAAUCAGAAAGAGAAGACAAUCUAUUUAGUUUGGUUUCUUUAUCAAUAGCAAAAAAAUUUCUGAGA